GGCCAACUUCAGCGUGAUGCUUCUUCUUCUCCAUUGUUUGAGGCUUCGCUGAAGGGACUGGCACCCUCAGCGCGUGUACCGUUGGAAUUUCUCAUGCAGCUGAAGUACGCUGACACCGGGUAAAGGUGUGCAUGAGGUCACCGCCCCCCCGCAGCUGCAGGAUGUGAUGCCACGGCAGUAACCGCGUUCCUCUCUUGUCCGGCUUUGUGUCUUUUGGAGUGGGGAGCCCCUCCUUCCCACUCCGGGGACAGGACAUGUUUGAAGUGAAACCCCGGGCGGUGGAGAAGAAGGAGUCGAGCACAGAGACGGAUGAGGGCUUGGGCAGCAGCGGGAGGCAUUGCACCUCUGGCUCGCUGGGCUCCUGUUCGGCCGGCUCCGGCUCCCUGUACCUAUCGGACAGCCAGGACUGGGCGGUGUCCCCGAGCUGCUCUCCGGACGAAGGCCCCGCCGCGCAGAUGAACUCCAUCUCUCCCAUGCUGGCUGAAGAGACUCUCCGCUACAUGACUUAUCUUGCUUUGGAGCCCUCCUCCUACUCCCGCUCGGGCUCUCAGAGCCUCUCCAAAGUCCUCAGUGGCGAUCGGAUGGAGCAGAUGACCAAGACGUACAAUGACGUGGAAGUGGUCACACAUCUUUUGGCUGAGCGAGACCGAGAUCUGGAGCUGGCAGCUCGGAUCGGCCAGUCACUUCUGCAGAGAAACCACCUGCUGCAGGAGCGAAAUGACGCCUUGGAGGAGCAGCUUGCCCAAGCUGUGGACGAGGUUCACCAGCUACACCAUGAGCUGACGAAGAAGGACGAACUGCUCCGGAUAGUGGCCAGCGCCUCAGAGGAGGGGGAGCAGGACUCCAACGCGUCGACCCCCCAGCAGCAGCCCCCGCUGCUGGGGGGAGCUGCAGCCGCCGCCGCUGCACUCAGCCAGCUGGAGCAUCUGCAGAACAAGCUGCAGGAGCUGGAGGAGGAGAACCAGACGCUGAGGUCUGAGGCGUGUCAGCUGAAGAGAGACACCAUGACGUAUGAAGAGAAAGAGCAGCAGCUCGUCAGCGACUGUGUUAAAGAACUCCGCGAGUCCAACAGCCAGAUGGUGUCCCUGACAGAUGAAUUGUCUCAGAAGAACGAAGAGCUGCUCAGACACCAGGAGGAAAUCGCUCAGCUGCUCUCUCAGAUAGUAGAGCUGCAACACAGAGUGAAGGAGCUGGCUCUUGAAAAAGAAGAGUUAAGGAUCCACCUUCAGGCCUCCAAAGAUGCACAGAGACAGCUCACAGCAGAGCUCAACGAGUUGGCAGAAAGGAACGCAGAGUGCGUGGAAAUGCUCCACGAGUCGCAGGAAGAGAUCAAAGAGCUUCGCAGCAAAAACAGUCCCUCCUCUGGGAUGCGACGGCACCUUUCUUACGGUCUCUACCCCAUGGAAUCCUUGGCAGCAGAGAUCGAGGGCUCAAUGAGGAGAGAGCUGAGCAUCGAAGAGGAGACCGUCUUUCAAGACCAAAGAAUUUCCCAGAAGAGAGUCUUUCAAACGGUUCGCUCGGUCAACGCCUCGGCCGUUCGUGCCGCUUUGGCCACGCCGCCUAUCCCUGGCUCUGGACAGAGUUCUCUAGUGAUGACAGCCCAACCUUUCCAGUCUGCAGAAGGGGAGGAGUUACGAGUGGGCCAGCAAGGAUUACCAGGAGGAAACGACCUUACCAAAGCUCUCCAUCGUCUGUCUUUAAGGCGACAAAACUUCCUGUCCGAGCAUCAGUUCUUCCAGGCAGAGCGUGAGAAGAAGCUGCAGACCCCUUCAGGGGCAGAGGCAGAUGGAGAGGGCAGCGGCUGCAGCUCCCCAAUGGGCAGCGUGCUCUCCUCCUUCUCCAACCUGUCCGAUCUCACAGUCAGCUCCACUGUUUUCAAGACCUUCCUGCCUGAGAAGCUUCAGAUUGUGAAACCAAUGGAAGGUUCCCUGACGCUCCAUCACUGGCAGCAGCUUGCCAAACCUCACCUAGCCACCAUCUUAGACCCACACCCUGGGGUGGUGACUAAAGGUUUCCGGCCUCUGGCUCAGGACGCCGUGUUCCGGCUGUCAGACAUGGAGGAGGAUGAGGAGGGCGAAGAGCACAGAGGGACUGCCGUCCUUGAGAAAGGAACAGCCGAGAAGGGUAAGGAAGAGCUCGACGAGGAUGAGGAGGAAGGUGGGAUAACCUUCAACGUGCGCUGUUCGUCCACACCUGAGGACAGAAACCGUUCAGCCGCACCUCGCACCCACACGCCGCUCCCUCCAAUGCAGCCAGCAUCGCCUGCAGCCCCUUCCAGUUCCUCCUUCGCCCACUCGGACCUUGGUUUGACAGCCAAUCCGGUCACGGAGAGGUCCAACCAGUUCCCUCACCCCAUUCCAGGAGCUUCUGCAUCCGCUGUCCAAUCACAAAGCAGAACCUCCACCUCGACGUCAUCGUCUUGUGUCCAAAACCCAGGAAAGAGCGAGAGCUCCACUUUCUCUACCUACACCUUCACGACCUGUCGCAUUCUCCACCCUACUGACGUCACGCAGGUCACACCGAGUUCACAGUCGUCCCUUUCCGCCAACACGCCCAGCUCCAUGAGAACAGGCCCCAGCACCCCCGUGACUCCCUGCAGACUGAGUUUGGGCGACUCCUUCCCCCCGCGACGCCCCGCGGCGCUCCCCAGCGGUUUGGCCAAACUGGUUCUGGAGAGAGGCAUUUCUGCACAAGUCUCCAGUGACGCCCCCUCUUCGUCGCCCAGAGCUCGCCCGCGGCGGCCCUUGUUACAACUCGUGCCGGGCACGCCUCCCAACUCCCCCUCCCAGUCGCCCGCUCCGUCCCCGCUGCCCGCAGAGUCUCGCCAACACCCGUCUGACAACUUCCUGGCCUCGCGGCCCGCGGAGCUUUUUCUCCAAGACGUGUACGGGCUGAACCUGGGCCGGGCCCCACACCCUGACCUGCCGAGCCCGUCCCAGGAGAGCGCCGCCCUGUCCUCUUGCUCCAAGUCGGGCCGAGAGAAAGCCAACCCGGUCAGCGUCGGCCUUGUGGAAAGACUUCGACGUUUGGGCUUCACCAAGGUGCUGCACGGCGCGGAGUCCGACGCUCCGGGGUCCGCCACCUUCGUGUCGGCGGGCGGGGGAAGCUUGAUGGACGGCCUGAGGCGCAAUCAGAGUCUCCCGGCGAUGAUCGGCGCCAGAGUAGGCGGCAAGUCAGCCGCUCAUCCUGCCGCUCCGCCCCACCCAACCUCUCUGGCUAUCCCCCCGUCGCCUUGGGGAAACCUCAAAGAGCGGCGCCGGCAUCUCGCCUCCAUCUCCCACCCGCCGAGGAGUUCAAAACACUAAAAGGGAGGAGUGGUCCAGCAUCCAUACCUUAAUCCUCUUGGUUUAUGCCUCCACCCCAGCUCUUUCCUUUCUGCCUUUUUUGGAGAGAGGAUACGGGGGGUCAGUAGGAAGGACAGUCCCUCCUUUUUAAAUGACGUGGGUUAAAAGCACAAUUUAACUUAACAGUUUUUUAGCGAUGCGGAGUUUUUCCUCAAUGUACUCAUCCGCCGUUAAGUUUGGCCUUAGCUUGACCCUUGAGUUGGGUUUGCAUUUCAGUCGUUCUGCUGUGAGGCUCUGGAUGUCCAGUUGCAACUGGAAGCAGUCAGGAAAAAAAAAGUGUUGAAUUUGAUUCCAGUAUCCCGUCGUCUAAAAGUUCGUUCAUUUCAUUUCUUCCUCCCUCGUGUCCUUUUUGUUUUAUUUCCUUCUUCUUUUCCCUUCUUUCCCUCCUCGUGUCCGACCUCCAUGAUGUCCUUGGCCUCAAUUACUUAUCUCCUUGUGUCCUUCCUUGUGUCCUUCCUUCAGCGUGUCUGGCUUAAUUUCUUGCUUCCAUCAGUUUUUUUCCAACUUUUUAAAGUCUUCCCACUAGAAAUACCUUCGGUAAGUAUUUUUACAUUUUAAAAUUAACAGAAAGUUUGGAAAGUUGAGCCUGGAAAAGUAUGCCUUUUUUCCAAUGAAAAGGUUUUAGGAACCCUGCGGGGGGAGGAAAGUAAGGUAAUCAUGUAAGUGUCUUGAGGGUUUGUGGAAGUUGAUAAGAAGGGAAAGUUUUGUGAAGGUCAUUCUUGUUGGUUUAGAAAGUGGUGAAAGAGAGAGUGAAGAACUGAGCAUCCAGAGUCUCCCUCUUCCAAGGGCUUGUUCUGUAACCUGUAGAACAAUAUCAUCCAAGCCUAUAACCCUGUAAGCUGUAACUCUGUCUGCUUCUAGAAAUAUAAGCCUUUGAUGUCAGUGGAGGAGUGAUCCAACUUGCUUUUAUUACUUACACACUAGCUAGAAGACGCGAACCAUAACCCGAUACUGCCAGGCUCAUCUUGUAGUCCAGCCAUGCCUGUAAACAUGCCGCUGUUGGAUUUACGUUCACUGUUAAUAUAACUUACCUUUUCCGUCCACGUGUUAGCCCGUGGCAGCGGCUUCUGCAUGAAAAGCAGCAUCGCCUCCAUGUCCCAGCAUGCAUCUGUCCACAGGCAAGUGGGGCUAGGUUGAUGCAAGGCCAGAACCAAAAUGUUGAAAAAAAAAAAAAAGGGAGGGAGGAAGGGGGGUGUAUUUUUCUUCAGGUCUUUGUGUUUUGUGUGUCUUUAAGAAUACGAGGCCUUAAAUGGAGGCAAGCACUGUUUUCGUUAGUUUGUUGGUAUGUAUUAGUUGCUGAACUAAACUUAAAAUGUUUAAUCUUUUAACAAGACAGGUCAGCUUUGUCAUGUUUAGAAGUCUGCUUCACACUGCAAAAAAGGAGAAAAUAACCUGUUUGUAUCCCAUUCAGAUGCUUUUUCUCCUGGUUGAUACCAAAUGCAGUACAAACAUUGGCCAGCAGGUGGAAGCGUUUCACAUUUACAAAGUACUUGAAAUCAGCCAUGCUCCUGGCUUUGCAUCUGCUCCUCUGUUUUACGGCUGACCUCAAAUAUUAAAAUCCUGACAUUGACGAAAAUAUUUGGUGUGUCUGAUAACAAUAUAAGCUAACGAUUUAAUUUAUGUUAUUUUUUUGCCACUUAAGGGAAUCCAUGUUAACUUGAAAAACUUUAUUUUUGUUAAAAAAUAAAUAUUCUGGCUUGCACAAGUUUAAAUAAGCAUUGUGGAAAAAGGAAAAACGGACCUUCAGUUAAUGUACAAAACAGAAUGACGGCACGUUGAGUGAUUUGCAUCUUUUAGAUUUGUUGUUGUUGCCAUAUCCUGUUUUCCUUGUAAAACUGAAAGUUCAGCUUUGUGGUUUUUUUGGUGGACAAAAAUAAUGCAGCACUUCCUUGUGUUUUCCAGCUGUAAUCAGGAUCCCAUGAUAUUUCCUCUUUUUGUAAAAUAAAGCUACUGAAAUGAAA